AUGGCAACAGUGGAUGCUCAACAGUACCUGCAGUUACAGAGCAAGUUUCAUUACAUCAGGAACCAGGCCUGUUUCUUUAUUCAAGAUGAGAUUGCAGCAUCCGCCCUGAGGGAUGUGAGUGAAAAGAUUCGGGAUGAUGACAACAGAAAGAUAGCUGUGUUCGUCCAUCGCUCUGCUGCACCCUACUCUGUGCAGAACCAGCUCAAACCAGAAGAAAUGCAACUGCUGAAGCGCACUUUGUACAAACGGUAUGAUGCCAACACAAAGCGCCUUGAUCUACAAAGUCUACGACUUGACCCAGACUUGAUGCAUCAUCAUAUUGACAUGAUACUGAAUCAAAGGCAAUGCAUGGCUGCAACCCUACAGAUCAUUGGAACAGAAUUUCCCGAGCUCUUGGCUCUGAAUUUGUGCAACAACAAACUGUACCAUCUGGAUGGCCUGUCUGACAUUUUAGACAAGGCCCCCAAAGUCAAGACCUUGAACCUGUGUGAUAAUGAGAUUCGGACAACGCUAGAACUGGAGAAGGUAAAAGAGCUGAAGCUGGAAGAGCUGUGGCUGAAAGGGAACCCACUGUGCAGGAUCUUCCCUGACCACACAGCCUAUGUAAGAGGAACCCUAGAAGCCCUUGCUGGGUCCAAUUCCGCGGAUAAGGCAUAG